GGUUCACGCAAAAGGGUUUUCCAAUCGACGACCAAGCCCUCCUUCCACUCGCUGCAGAACAUGAAUUACAUCGCAUCAUUCCCGAUUAUUUAUCUGCAAAUUUCCUGGAUGUAAUGAAUGAAGAAAUACGACGUUCAGCAGUUGACUUGGGUCCAUUGAAUAUACAGCAGAGGAAAGAGAU